AGUGCUUGAGACUUUCUUCCACAAACACGUCCGUUUCUGAGGAGACCAUGAAUCAGGAUUUACCUCUUUCACACUGGAAUGAUCUGUUCUCUCUGGUGGAUUAAAGGGACUGAAUUGUGGAUAAGAGCCACGCGUGAUAUGUAAUUUUAUCAUUUUAAAGCACACUUUUAAAACACAAGUUUCUGUUGGACACUUCGGAGUUGAGCAAACAUGCCGGAGAAAAUCAGUAUAUCAGACUUCGUUUCCUUGGCAAACGAGGAUUUAGCGUCGCCGACAACGUCCUGUUUUCCGUCGAAAAUGAGUGAAUGUCGGAACACUGUGACUGCGCUCGAGGAGUCUCUGGAGCUCGAUCAGACGUCUCUACAGAGGCUGAAGAAGACGGUGAAGGUUAUUCAUUCCUCUGGACUCAAUUAUGUAGAGAAUAAAGAGCAGUACAUUGAGGUUCUGGAGAACUUGGGAAACAGCCACCUUUCUCAGGACAAUAAUGAGAUCUCCACUGGCUUCCUCAACCUGGCUGUCUUCACCAGGGAAGUCACGGCGCUGUUCAAAAACCUGAUCCAGAACCUAAACAACAUCAUGUCUUUCCCCUUGGACAAUGUGCUCAAAAGUGAGCUGAGAGACAGUAGGAUGGACCUGAAGAAACAGAUGGAGAAAAGCUGGAAGGAGUAUGAUGUCAAAAUAGGCAAACUAGAGAAAGAGAGGAGAGAGAAGCAGAAGCAGUUUGGCCUGAUCAGGUCAGAGGGAUAUGAUGUGACGGAGGAUAUGGAGAGAGAGAGGAGGACUUUCCAGCUGCAGAUGUGUGAGUAUUUGCUGAAGAUUCAGGAGCUGAAGGUGCGGCAGGGUCCUGACCUUCUCCAGGGACUCAUCAAAUACUUCCAAGCCCAGCUCAAUUUUUUCCAGGAUGGGCUCAAAGCUGCUGAGAAUCUCAGUCCGUUCGUGGAGAAGCUAGCUGCGUCUGUGCACACGGUUCGCCAAGACCAGGACGAAGAAGUACGUCAGCUCUCGCAGUUACGGGAUUCUCUCAGGGCUCAACUGCAAGUGGAGGGUAAAGAGGAUUACCUGAACAGGAAGAACUCUGGCCAUGGUUACAGCAUCCAUCAGCCACAGGGGAAUAAGAAAUACGGCACAGAGAAAUCAGGCUUUCUACUGAAGAAGAGUGACGGCAUCCGUAAAGUGUGGCAGAAGAGGAAAUGUGGAGUUAAAUAUGGCUGUCUGACCAUCUCUCACAGCACGAUUAACAGACCACCCGCGAAGCUAAACCUCUUGACCUGUCAGGUGCGUCCCAACCCAGAGGACAAGAGGACUUUUGACCUGGUGACCCAUAACCGCACCUACCACUUCCAAGCUGAGGAUGAGCAGGAAUGUAUGAUCUGGGUGUCAGUGCUACAGAAUAGUAAGGAAGAGGCUCUGAACACAGCAUUGGGUGCAGAUCAGCUGCAGUUUCAGGACAGCGGCCUGCAGGAGUUGGCCAGAGCCGUCAUCAGCGGCCUGCGGAACCUGCCCGGCAAUGAGGUCUGCUGUGACUGUGGAGCCCCUGAACCCACCUGGCUAUCCACCAACCUGGGCAUUCUCACAUGUAUAGAAUGUUCUGGUAUCCACCGUGAGCUGGGUGUUCACUACUCCCGCAUUCAGUCUCUCACUUUGGACAUGCUGAGCACGUCAGAAUUGCUGCUUGCUGUUAGCAUUGGAAACACACGCUUCAAUGACAUCAUGGAAGCCAACAUUCCUAAUGAUGCUGUGAAGCCCCUCCCACAAAGUGACAUGACUGCCAGGAAGGAGUACAUUGUGGCAAAAUAUGCAGAACGACGUUACAUUUUGCCUAAGGAAAGUUCAGAGCAAUACCGUCUGUAUGACGCGGUGAAGACGCGAGAUCUGCUUGGAUUGCUCCAGCUCUACGCUGAGAAAGAGGAUCUGUCAAAACCAGUCGCCACACCUGAGGGACAGGAUCUUAAGGAAACUGCUCUUCAUCUUGCUGUUCGGCUAGCAGACAAAAGUUCUCUAGCUCUGGUUGAUUUUCUCACACAAAAUGGUGGAUGUCUGGAGAAGAAGACAGUGGAAGGAAACACAGCUCUUCAUUACUGUGCUUUGCAUAACAAAGCAGAAUGCCUUAAAUUACUGCUCAAAGGAAAAGCCAUGCUCCAUUCAGUGAACUCGGCAGGCGAAACAGCACUGGACAUUGCAAAGAAGUUGCAGCAUUUACAGUGUGUGGAGCUGCUGGAGCUCGCCCACAACGGGAAAUUUAAUUCUCAGAUCCAUGUGGAGUUUAUGUGGGAGACGCCUCAGGAGCUGAUGUAUGACAGUGAGGAUGACCUGGAUGAGAGGAUAAGCCCUUUAUCCAGGGGCCGGCGCUCACCACUGCCCUCUAAUGGUAGCUCUCCAUCACCUCGAUGGAGCUUUGCCACCAGCAGUGUGACCAACAAAACAUAUGAGAAUGUAGACUUCCUGUACCGCAACCCACCUGCCAACAGCGCCCCUUCUGGUGAUACCUUGCCUCCCCCGCUGCCUGCCAAAUCCAUCCAGAGAGGACGUUCAGAUCCUCAAAUCUCCGUCUCCUCUCAGGAGGGAAACUCCUUCACCCGUCACAGCUCCAGCUCCUCCUCUUCCAGCAUAAGCUCAGGGUCCCAGCGCCAUGGCCCUCCCUCCCCCUCGUCAGAGACCCAGGGGUUCCGUCCUCCACGCUCCCCACGCGGUGGCAUUCUUCGGGGCCAGAGACAAACAAUGUCAUGGGAAGGGCAGCCUCCCUCCGGCCUGGGUGGAGCUGGUGCUGGUUCUGGAGCUACAGAGAGCAAAUCUCUAAGCACAUCACCACAAAGCCACCUGGGACCAGUCAGUUCAGAGAAGACCACUUCCUAUCGGCGGACGAGCAGUGGAGGACAGGGAAAGUGUACUGUUGCCUCCCCCUGCUGUGUGGGGAGUCAGGAGGAGUUAUACUGCAGUCUGGCAGGCAGCACUCCUCCCACCGCUCCUGUGUCCAUCAGCUUGCCCCCUCCUCGCUCACGUCGGAACGCCAUGUCAUCUCAGACAAAGCCAAAACAGAGGAAGGUCAGGGCUUUGGUGGACUGCAGAGUGGCCAGUCCCGACCAGCUGGCUUUUUUUAAGGAUGAGAUCAUCAUCGUGACGGCUAGCGAUGACCCCCACUGGUGGGUGGGUCAUAUUGAGGGCCAAACAUCCAGAAGUGGAUCAUUUCCAGUCAACUAUGUGCAAAAAAUAGGAGAAUGACGUCAUGACCAACUUCCCACAGAAGACCAAGUGAACAGGAUCUUCAAAAAAAUGUCACUGGGUGCUUUGGGAACCAUACCUGGAAUGCACUUUUGAAUGCACGCUAUUCCCAUUUGAAAGGCUGAAAAAUGGAAAAAUGCCCGUUUGGAUUCUUGUAAUUGAAGUCACAUGGUAUGGUGCUCUCAUCUGUAGAACUCAACUAUAAAUUGGAACUUCAGACAUUCAAAGAUAAAUAUGUGACUUUUUUAAUUCUGAAGAGUGAAAAGGCUGAAAACAUUUUUGGGCCCCGUUCUCUGUGAAAGAGCGGACUGAACUGCUAAAAUGAAAGGACGUCCAAUCACAGAGUUUUAUCCUUCAGAAUGGAUGUCAGAUGCUACAUUUCAUCACUUCUUUUUCCAAAUGAACUGAAAGCCUUGGUCUGGAGCAGUUACUGUAACUGCCAGUAAACUGCGUUUAGACAGGCUACCUGGUAUCCUGUAGGCAUCAAGCUGGGCAUCCAUAUAAACAUUUACGGCCACCUGAAUCUAUGUCUGACAGCUACGCUGGAAAUCAGCAAGAAAAAAACCCCACAGUUUUCUGUUGCUGCCCGUCCGUCUCCAGUGCUGUCCAGGAGUCAGUCUGUAAGGUGAUCGCAGGCAGACGGUUUUUGGCCAGACUCCAGGUCUGCCAGAAGCUUGGCUGAGGUUCUCUGUACCCCCUCCUCCUCCUACUUCUCCUUGUAUUUGCAGCAAGGCAAAGAGCUCCCAAGGCUGGUUAUUGUGUUUCUCAUUCAGCUCUGCAGUCUAAUAACGUCAUUACUGGAGUAUUUCAACUCGUGACUGUAGGGCAGUUGAUAGAUUUGUCUGGCCCUCAGACAAAUGUGGAUCAACAUUUCUCAAGUUCUAAACACAGGGCUACACAUUUUCAUGGAGAAUCACCAGAGGGCUUGACAAGUGGAACCCUCAUGCCAAAAUGAAAGAAAAUGUAAAUGUUCUUGUUUGUUUGCCACUGUUUUCACUAACAGCUAAACCAGAUUAUUUUACAAGGAGUCAUAAUGAGUGGGAAACAAAUGUCUCUUCCCUUUUGGGAAAAUGAUUUAUUUGCUUGUCUAGUUUCAUGUUCCGCUCAUGCAAUGUU